AUGGGUCCCAGUGUGUGCAAAGGGCUAAAGCAGGGUGGGCAGCCAGGGGGAGAGAGGGGACAGCCAGGACUGCCAGGACUGCCAGGAUUGCCCGGAUAGCCAGGAUUGCCAGGAUUGCCAGGACAGCCAGGAUUGCCAGGGCUGCCAGGACAGCCAGGACAGCCACGAUUGCCAGGACUGCCAGGACUGCCAGGAUUGCCAGGACAGCCAGGAUUGCCAGGACAGCCAGGACAGCCAGGACAGCCAGGAUUGCCAAGAUUGCCAGGAUUGCCAGGAUUGUUGGGACAGACAGGACAGCCAGGACAGCCAGGACAGCCAGGACAGCCAGGACAGCCAGGGCUGCCAGGAUUGCCAGGAUUGUUGGGAGAGCCAGGACAGACAGGAUUGCCAGGAUUGCCAGGACAGACAGGACAGCCAGGAUUGCCAGGACAGCCAGGAUUGCCAGGACAGCCAGGAUUGCCAGGAUUGUUGGGACAGACAGGACAGCCAGGACAGCCAGGAUUGCCAGGAUUGCCAGGAUUGUUGGGACAGACAGGACAGCCAGNGCCAGGACUGCCAGGACAGCCAGGAUUGCCAGGACAGCCAGGAUUGCCAGGACAGCCAGGAUUGCCAGGGCUGCCAGGGCUGCCAGGACAGCCAGGAUUGCCAGGACAGACAGGACAGCCAGGACAGCCAGGAUUGCCAGGGCUGCCAGGGCUGCCAGGACAGCCAGGAUUGCCAGGAUUGCCAGGACAGCCAGGACAGCCAGGAUUGCCAGGACAGACAGGACAGCCAGGACAGCCAGGAUUGCCAGGACAGCCAGGACAGCCAGGGCUGCCAGGACAACCAGGGUUGCCAGGACAGCCAGGAUUGCCAGGACAGACAGGACAGCCAGUCUUGAGCAGAGCUGUGGAAGGGGAGCCCUGCCAGGGCAUCUUGGUGCAUCUCUUCUCCCAGGGGUAA